GGCUCGAGACGCGCCCGAGACGCGCAUUUGAGAUCGAACGGAUUCAUCGGGUACCAGUCAUGCGGACCUUGGCCCUGGUCAUUUCCUGCUGGACCGGCGCGCACGCCUCGCUGCAGAAGUCCUUCGCGCUCUCAUCGGCGGAGGCGCUGUCGGCGAAGGAGGCGGAGAGGUGCGAGCUCAGCCGGGAGCAGAAGUGGCAGGAGGCCAACGAGCUCCGGGCGGCGCAGCUGCAGAGCAGCUCCAAGACCCAGGAGAAGCGGCUUGGGGACCUUCACUUGCAGCUCAUGGGCAAGGAAAGGCCCACGGAGGAGGAGCUGAACCUGGACCAGUUGGGCGCUGCCUUGCAGAGGAGGCAAGCCGACAUUGAUCACUUGCUCCAAGCGACGGAGGCUGCCAUAGCCCGCAAGAAGGCGGCCUUUGUGCCGGCACAAUAGCUGCACGGCCGAGCUUGCGGAUGUCAGAAGGAUGAUGAACCAGUGAGGCAGACGGCCUCACUUGGCUUCAGGGCGGGAAACCCACAAUGUGUGGCGACAGGGCCUCUAAACACGGGAAGCCAAAAGGCCCCGUCUGCGGAAGGGCCUCUGAAAAGAACCCAGGAGUUGAAGCAGGAAGG